UGUUCAAUCUAACCUAUGCACACAAUGUAAAUAAAUAAUAUUUAAUAGAAAAAAUGUACACUCUUUAUAAUUAACAAUUAAACAUUGCUUUUUUUAUUUUAUAAUGAAUGUGUCCAACGUCAACACGCAAAAAGUAAAUGAUGUUGGAAACCUGUGCCAAGAUCCUGACACCUCAGGCUUCGAUUUACAAGCUGGUCAGUCAUGGAUUUACCCCACAAACUACUCAGUUCGAGACUACCAGUACAACAUAAUCGAACAAGCUUUACACAAAAACACACUAGUGAGUCUACCCACUGGCUUAGGCAAAACCUUCAUAGCAGCUGUCGUCAUGUACAAUUUCUACCGCUGGUACCCCCACGGUAAAGUAAUAUUCAUGGCCCCCACGCGACCUCUAGUCAAACAACAAAUGGACGCUUGCUACAACAUUACAGCCAUACCUAAAGAAGUCACCGCCGAAUUAACAGGCACGAAAGUGCAACAAUCCCGCGGCGAAAUCUGGCAAAAUAAAAGGGUAUUUUUUAUAACGCCGCAAGUGCUGCAGAACGAUUUAGCGAUUAUUAUUGAAUUAGCGAGUAAAAUAAAGGUUUUGGUGUUUGAUGAAGCGCAUAGAGCUAAGGGUAAUCAUGCCUACUGUGAGGUUGUGAGGAAGUUGUUACCGAAAAAUAAACUUUUUCGCGUUCUUGCUUUGAGUGCUACACCUGGGAAUAGUUCGAAGGAUGUGAUUGAUGUUAUGCAGAAUUUGUUAAUUGCUCAUGUGGAGUUCAGGAGUGAGGAUAGCCCAGAUGUGAAACCUUAUGUUUUUGAAAGGGCUUUAGAGACGGUUGUGGUGCCUUUAGGAGAGAAGUUGCAACAAAUAAAGGAUCGAUAUGUGCAGAUUUUAGAAAGGUAUACACGGACGUUGAUGAAGUAUAAAGUGAUUUAUGGAAAUUGUUGUAAUUUGACUAAAGGCAGAAUUUUUAUGGUAAUGAAAGAAUUCCAGGCAAGGAAUGCAGGAAAUAGAAAUCCGAAUUACGCAGAAAUCAUGAAAAGCCUAAAUAUUUGCAUCACUCUGUAUCACGCCUAUGAAACUUUAAUUCGCUGUGGAUUAAGAGCUUUCCUUAACUUCUACGAAGAACACAUGAAUAAUCCUUUGUUAAACGGAAACGUAGAUCUGCGAAGAAUACUAGAAGAUUUGAGAGAAUACUUAGGGCCUGAUGCUGCAGUGCAACCAUUACCAGAUGGAACUUUUACCGAAAUCCCCUCUUCAACAAAAUUCGGACACCUCAAAUUUUACAAACUUGAGGACAUUCUAGUGACGCAUUUUAACAAUUCCGAAGCCUCCACCCGCGUUAUUGUGUUCUUUGAAUAUAGAGAAAGCGCCUCAGAAGCGUACGCUUUAUUAUCACGAAGUCACCCAUUGAUAAAAUCCCGAGUUUUCGUUGGACAAGGUUCCGGAGUGACGCAAAAAGACCAAAUAAAUACCAUAAAAGCCUUCAGAGAAGGCACUUGCAAUACUCUUCUAUCAACUUGCAUAGGCGAAGAAGGGUUAGAUGUAGGCGACGUCGACUUAAUUGUAUGUUUCGACAUUGCCAACAAAUCACCGAUUCGCAUGAUCCAAAGAAUGGGAAGAACGGGUAGAAAGAAAGAGGGACGAGUGGUGGUUUUGGUCACCGAAGGAAAAGAACAACAAACUUUAAAAGACUGUUUAAUUUACAAAAACAACCUAGGGAAUUUCGUAUCAAACUCCGGCCAGCUCGAAGACGGAAAAUACGGAGAUAACCCCAAAAUGAUCCCCUCUUAUAUCCAACCCAAGUGCCAAAAAAUGUUCAUCACAGUAAAACCUCAGGUUUCGGGAAAAAGCGGCAACCUGAGAGACAUGUUAAAACGGAUAACUUCCAGCGGUCCGAUAUUUAGCGACGAUUUAGAGAUUGUCGAAAUCCAGGAGCGGAUCAAAACUAAGAACGAAAGUUUUUGGGAUAAGGAGUCGCCUCUUGAAUUCGAUUUCGAACAACCUAAAAUAAAUUUUUCGAAACAUUUGGAAAAACAAAGGUCGUUUCAGGAUAGUGGGACUAUCAAGCAUUCUAAACAGACAGAAAUUUUUGUUUCUUUGCUGCAGUUUGCGGAUUCUAAAAGAUAUAACCUACCGGUGACUCAACAAAUAAGCAAAUUCAGCGACUUCAAUCAAGAUAGGGUUCUAAAACAAGGCGACAUUAGGAGUAUGUUUGCUAAACCUGCACCCAUUAGUUUAACUCAAGAAACAUACCUCCCAAUUAGUCAGCAACAUAUUUUUGAUAAAGAAAAGGACACAAGUCGGUCAUUUCCACAACAACUAUUCGACGAAAUCUCGACAUAUUUAUCAAUUGAAAUAUCAUCAACGCAAAAUUGUAAAACAUGCGACCUUUUGUUUGAAUGCCCAAAAAUUGACUGCACAGAAUCGGCCAAAAUUGACUUAAGUAGUUGGACUGUACCUGACGUCUCAAUUCUAGACAGUAUAACAGCGAAAGAUCUGGAAGUUUUUGCCGAAUCUUUAACCCCCAAGUCGAAAGAAAUAUACAAAGAUUUUUUAGAAGUAGAUAAUGAAGCGUUUGACGAAGUCACAUUUAGCGAGUUUGAUGACGCCCACUCUUCCACCAUGGACAUCAAGGAAAAAAGUUUGGCCUACGAAACUCCAAGGAAUUUCGACAAAAUCCUUAAAUCGUUCCAAGUUAACGAAGAUCCAGAUGAACCACUUACUAAGGCAGCUGAAGAAAAAUCGUUCGCUUAUGAAACUCCAAAAAAUUUUGGCAAAGUUUUGAGUAUUUUGGGAAAUUCACUGGUGGAAGAAUUUGCAGACGAAGCGCCAUUUCCACAGACCACGUCUGUCAAACCUACAACUUCUAGAAAUCUAGAAACGAUCCAAGAAGAGUUCGAAACCGUCACAAACCAAAGUCAAGAUUUAGCUACACGUUACAAGCAAGCUUUGAUUUUUUUCAAAUUAUCGUCUGUGGAAGAAAUUUUUGCAGCAGAUUUGGACGAAACAGUGAUCUACACACCCCAAUGCGUCGAACAAUCCCCAAAGAAAAGUCCUGAUCUUUUUGAUGAAUCUCCUGACUUGUUUCCUUCUUCUGAAAAGGAGCAAGAUGAUUCCGUUUGCGAGGAAACACCAGGGUCACCAAUUUUGUGCUCCUAUGAAAGAGUGCAAAUUUUAAAAGCGAAGAAAAAGCUUUUCGAUUCGAAAGUUGAAGAAGUGGCCAAGAAACCGAAAUUGUCAAAUUUGAAACUAAAGCGUAGGAGUUUUUAUGAAUCGACAAGAAACAAAGUUGCAGAAAAUAGGAGCUUUUUGGAUGUUAGUGAUGUAUGUGAUUUGUCGAAUUUUAUUAGUAGCGGGCAGACAGAUCGUGAAAGAUCAAGUGAAGAUCGAAGAAAAAACAAUCCAGAAUCGUCGAAAAAAGAAGAAAUAGACGAUUUGGAUAUUCGUGAUCUUUGCGAUUUAUCUGUUUUUGGUUUAACGACACCUGCUAGCCAAGCAAACCAGAAAAAUAACAAAUUCGAAAGUACCGUCCAGGAGGAAAGAGUGUCAAAAUUGGUUGAAAAUAGUCCGGGGGUUGGUUUUGAAGUGGCCGGACCAAGUAAAAAUGAAAAGAGGAAAGAAUUAACCAUUGACGAUUUAUGUGAUAUAUCUGACUUUUUUGGGGAACCGUCUGAUCAAAAUAAUACGCAAAAACGAAAAGACGAAAAGAAAGAAGAAACUUCAAAAACAACUAAAUUGUCAGAUUUGGAGGAUUUUUGCGACUUUUCUUCUUUUCUGGGUACCCCCCAAAAAGACACAGUUGUAGAUUUAACUCAAACUCCAGGUGUUAAAGCCGAUUCACAAAAUCGCGAUAGAAAAACUCCUAAGAAUGAAAAAAACCUAAAAACUAAUGUUAUCGACUUGACAGAUAGUGAUUUUGAAUCUAGUCCUGCUAAAGUAGAACCAACCCAAACAGCCAAUAAGACACUGAGUCAGCUCUCUAUAACCCAGAUGUUGAGUUUAGUUGAAAAAAACACUGCUCCAUUAAGUCAUAGUCAAAAAGAAAACGCGACACAGAGAACGAAGAAACCGCAAAAAUCUGGUGUUAAUCUGAGCACUAAGAAAAAUAUUCUGCAGCUAAAACAAAACCUCGACAGUCCUAAACCAUCCCAGAAGAAAACCAACACACAAAACACCCCUAAGAAAAAAACGACUAUAUUUAAUAUUCCCCUAGCCGGGGAUAGUGACGAUGAGUUCGAAGAUUCAUGUAAAAGUCCAAUUUUUGCCAAACCGAAGCCCGUGGCUGUUUCAAGCCACAAGAACAAACCAGAGAACCCAAUAAUAAGACGACCCAAGAAACGCAAGAAGUUGUUUUCGGACUUCAUAGAAACAGAAGCGGAGGUUUCCGAAGACGAACGAGUUGAUAUUUCGGCCGACGAAGACAGCGGUGAGGAUUGCUUCGAGGCUAGUUUUGUGGCCGACGACACCCAGGAUUGUUUAAACACGACCAACAUGCACGCUAGGUAUUUGCAGUCGGUUAAAAGUCCGCGCAGAGGGGUGUUUAAAAUACCGCAGAAGUUUAAGCACAACAUUUCGAACGUGUUUUCUCAAGAGGUUAACAAUGAAGAUAAUACUUAUUUGAACGAUUCGUUUUGUGUGGAGGAGACUGAAGAAGUGGAAGCGGGAAAGCACGAUGUGUCCGAGUUGGAACUGCUGGAAAAGAAAUUGAAAGAGAUGAAGAGAAGUAGGAAGCGGAAAAAGUCUAAUGAGAAAGAAAAGGUGAAAAGACGAAGAAUAAUGGUGCUUGAGGAUGAUAGUGAUUGAUGAUUUUAGAGGCUGUUUCAGGUUCAGGUAAAAAUUUUGUACUGAAAAAUAAUAAAAAUAUUUUUGUAA